CAAACACGCGAAAUCUCCAACCGGCCAUCGACUACCUCACACACCACAAUGUCAGAAAUCUUAAUAUAGCUCUCGUGAUCGCCUCUAGCUCUGGUCCAGUCGAGUCCCGCCCGCCGCGAAGCUACGUCGAACGAAACUGUGCAUCCACAACCAUGUUAUACGAAAGUGAAAUAUACAGGAGGCCGUACAGGGCCACCUACACCACCUCCCCGCCCAAUGUUUCCAUGCGACGCUGACGUGACUUGGCGACCCGCAGUGGACCACAGUUAUGUAUCUGCCUUCAUAUGUACCCUCUGUGCCUCAGAGGGUCUACUACAGGCCAAUACCGAAAUUGUCGCAGGCGGAGCUGAUCUACCGGCCGCACCCGCGCACGGUGACUCGGCUCGUGACGUCACCGGAGCCCCCUCAGCACAUGAUCAGGGUCCGGGUGAGACCCUCCAUCAUCCUGAGGGAGCUCGACAGGAUCCAGUACAAGCGCCGCCCGGAGCUGUCCAUCUCAGCGGUGGAUGACUUCUACAGGGAGCAGAGCACCAAGGACUUCCAAGACGAGUCUCGCCGCAUCCGCGCCGACACCGCCUCGCUGCUGACCCGCGCGCGCGCCAUGGUGCCCCGCGGCUCCUCCGUGUCGCCACUCGACACCGUCUACAACUAUAACUACGGCGAGCCGGUCCCGUACCGGUUCUCCAACGACGCGUACGUGGCGCGCCUGCUGCUGCCGCUGCGCAGCGCCCACAGCGUCGUGAACCAUAAUGUCAAGAACAUCUCGUUCUACCACGAGCCGGCUAAGCGGUUUACUGGUCGCGGCCAUCUUGCCGCGGUGCACUACUCUGGCAAAAAGGCGUUCUCCAACCGGGUUCCUCUAUACAAGCACUUGAGUAUCCGGGACGAUGUCAACCUCCUUUCCUUCUACGCCAAGAACCGCCUCGCCGCCUGCGGUCUGGCUGGCGACAAAGCCACAGUGAAACUGGUCCCCUGGAGACCGAGCCGCAAGUUCCAGCCCAUGAAGACCAUGGAAGACCCCGGCGAGGAGCUGAAGGCUGCCAAGGCGGAUCGAGAGGCGAGGUUCAGGGCUUCGACGCUGGAGCCCGACUUCGCGCCUGCGGCAGCGCAGGUCGACCUGACCGAGAUCAAGAGGAAACGGCAGGAGGAGGCGAGAGCUGCUGAGGAGAAGGCGCUGAAGGAGGAGGCCAAACGCGAAGCAGAACGCAAGGCUCAGGCCGAAAAGGAAGCAGCCGACAAGAAGAAGGCCGAAGAGGAAGCCAAACGCAAGGCCGAAGAGGAAUCCCGUAAAGCCGAAGAGGAGGCCAAGAAAAUCGAAGAGGCUCGCUUAGCUGAGGAGGCGCGUUUGGCCGAAGAAGCCCGCAAGGCCGAAGAAGAGGCCAAGAAGGCCGAAGAGGAGGCCAAGGCCGCCGAAGAGGCGCGUUUAGCCGAAGAGGCACGCAAGGCAGCUGAGGCCGCAGAAAAGGCAGCAGCCGAGGCCAGGUUAGCGGAAGAGGCUAAGUUGGCUGAGGAAGCGAGGAUAGCCGAGGAAGCCAGGCUGGCUGAGGAAGCUCUGGAGGCUGAGAGGCAGGCGGAGCAGAGGAGACAGGAGGAGCUGGCCAAGUUGGAGGAGUUGGAGAAACAGAGCCAGGAAGAACAUGAGGCUGAGCUCGCAAGACAGGCUGCGGAAUUAGCCGAGAUCGCGAGACAAGAGUCCGAGCUGGCCGCAGUGCGUCUCGAAGAACUUUCCAGAAGCGCGUCAGCUGCUGACAACCUGGACGAUGCUGCUGAGCCCCAGGAGUCCCAGGAAGACCCAGCCCUGGUCCAGGAAGAACCUGAGUCCCCCAUCGUCGAGGAACCAGCCUCAGAAGUAGAAGACGCGCCGGCAGCCGAGGAGAACAAAGCAGAAGUAGAAGAAGAGGAGGAAGAAGAAGAAUAAAGUACAAUUUGAAAAUUAAUGAUUGGUAUUUCUGAUGGAUGUUUGAAUGUAAAUGUCGCAAAAUUAUUCUGGCAAUGGACACGAGUUUAAUUUUAAGUUAUUUAUUCGUUUCUAAGGUUUUUUUACUGCAAACAUGAAAUUCUUCAAGCAUUUAUAGAUUCAAGUCGCUUUAAUUUUAUUUUUACAGAUGAGAUCACAGUUCAAUCCUUUCUUUUUCUUAUCUUUCGUUACAUAUCUGAUUAAGACAAAACAUAUUUUAUAUCUCGACGUAACUAAUUGAUAUUGUGCUCAAAAUAAAGUAAGGUGUUCCCCAAGGCAGUCAACUAGGGCCAAUGUUAUUUAUAAUUAAUCUAAAACUCAAAAUAACGUAGAAACGUUGAAGAUGUAUAUUUUAAGACACUGCAUUAAAUCCUGAGGAUAUGCAGCCUCAUCUCAUUGUAGUAGUGAGCCGAGAGUGAGUAAUCUGUCAGUUAGCAGUAGUUUUGACACAAAAAUAUCAUUGUUACGUUUUCAUUUCUUAUAGGUUCUAUCUUUUAAGACUCAUAGAAAACAUCUUUUUUAACUAAUGGUUAAAUCACUAUUCUCAUAAAUAAAUCAUUCUUCUUUAGCAUUUUCUUAACUUAAGCUAUGUAUACUUUUGUGAUUUCAUUGUUUAUUUUGUCUUCCUCUGUAAAUAUAUCCAUUAAUAUAUUAUGACUAAGAUCAAUGUGUUCGAACAUCCUCAUAUUAGUGAACUUUAUCAAGCUAAGGUCAUUCAAGUCCUACUGGAAAAUAAAACUUAAAACUCAAUAAAAUCCUACCUCUAACUGUUAAUAUUUUGUUGGCUAAUAAUAAUUAAAUACAUGUUAUAUCAUUUGUUUCGUUAAGAUUGGGGUUGGUAGGGAAAUUAAUAAUGUUAAUGAUACAUACAAGACAUAGGGAAUUCCGAAAAUUACAAGAUUAGAUUACCUGUAUAGGAGACCUAACAUUAAUAUUAUUAGUUUUUUUACCAAUACUGAAUUCACAGUUUAAAUUUACGUUUUGAAUGUUAUGUUUGUAAAUUAAUAAUUUUAUACUUAAGUUGGCGAAUAAAGAAAUAAGUCUUUAA